AUGAAGUUACUCAUCCCAUUGGGUGACCUCAUCUCGUCUGUUCGAGCUUGCACGCAGGUUAAAACCAGGGGUGUAGCCUCGUGCUACAACUCAAAAAGCAGGCAAGAGAGAAAGAAGAGACAUACAGCCUCCACAGUUUUCCCCAACCGCACUGAUCUGGUGAAACGCAUGGUGCUCUGCAACACAUCUUUCUGUUUGUCGGAGCCCACCAGGAUAAAGAAAGGAUUCACUCAGUGUAAAAUCUGCAACGUGAACAUGAGUUGUCCAAGAGUUCUUCACGCUCUUGGUCACCACCGGUCGAGCGUAUCCCAGGCUGAGCUGGCCAUGUGUCUGGAUCAGAAACUUGCUCUGUACCCGUUAAUGUCAGCUCCACAGCCUAUGGAGCCUCACCGGCAGCCGGCCGUCUGCUCACGCAACAAGACCGCCCUUCGCUCCGUAUAUCCCUCAUCUUCCUCGCUGCCCACGUAUUGGGAGACCUCGAAGCUGCAGAGGUGUUUCCGCAAGAGCAGGGCCCUGAACAAGAAGCGCGUGGUGUUCGCCGACGCCCUGGGGCUGGAGCUCACCGCCGUGCAUCUGUUCACGCCCGAGCCUUCCUCCCCCUCGUCCUCAUCGUCAUCUGGGACCGGACCGUCUCCAAUCCAGCUUCAAGACCAACAGUCGGCCUCCAACAGAGCUCCGCGCUACAGUCUGCGGCUGGGUUUCCCUCAGCCCACGAUGGACGUCAAAGCCUUUUUUGGAAAUCUGCGAGAGAGGAACAUCCAACUGGAGAGCUGCAGCGUUUCGGAAAACUCGAUAAGUGGCCGAGUGUGGAUUUCCCACAUCAGCAUCAACAAGGCCGUGCACGUAAGCAUUACCUUUGACUCCUGGAAGACUUGGCGGGACUUUCCCUGCGCGCACUCGCACCAACAGCGGUGCGGCGGGAUGGACGCGGACGUUUUUUCCUUCGACGUCCCGAUACCCGAGAACGUCGACCCGAAGGAGAAAAUUGAGUUUUACCUGUCCCUCCGACCGGGCCCUUUCCCCGCCUCCCACACGGACAACAACAGGGGUCAGAACUACAGAUUGUACGUGGAAAAAGACGAGUCGAGCGGUAGCCAAGGCAACGCAACCUACCACGACCCGACCGUGUCGAGGCAGCCGACGCCCGCCCCAAAGUCCAAAGUGCCCACUUUCGCCCAGAACUCUGCUGUUUUCCAGCAUCUCAACGAAUGGCUGUCCACGCAACAGUGCCGAAGGAUCCGCCCGGAAACGAGUCGACCGGUGAACUUUUUGUACAAACCCACCAGUUAUGAUGCAACCGUUAUGUCUGUGGGAUAG